AUGAAACAGAGGAGAAAAUUACUGGGGGAAUACCCACAAAACAAGGACGAGCUAAAACAACUAAAUAAGGAUAUAACGAAAGCUGCGAGGGCUGACAUUAGAAAAUUUAUCAAUAAAUGGGUCACUAAGGGCAUGGAAGAAACUAAAAGCAUGAGGGUACUACGAAAUGAACUAAGCACAGCGCAUAGGAAAGACCAAAAUAACCAAAUUAGAGAAUGGAAGAGGACAAGUAACAAAAAACAGAAAGGAAAUAUUGAAGAUUGUUGA